ACGGAAGAUGCACUCACUACCAAAGACAUUUCAUUUUACAGAGACAGCUAAGUAGUGGUAUAUAAAGAAGACGGUUAUCAAUUAGCAGAUCCGCCAUUGAUAGAUACCUCAGCAACAGCAGCAACAACAAGAUUUUUGUUUUUCAAAUUCUAACCCUACACUCUCCAUCAACCCAAGCCCUGAGAGGCUGAGACUCCAAUUCUUCAUGUAUGAAUACAAAGAAGGCUCUCGAAUAAUGGGGUCCGCAUGCUUGAGGAGCGAGAUGAUGAUAGGGGAGUUAACAGAGCCUGGUUGUUACUCAAAGCCCUUAGUGGCUGUCAAUCUUGCUCUUGCUUUUCUCGAUGUCGCUAUUGCCCUCCUUGCAUUUUACCAGUUGAUAAGAAUUCAUUCUAGGAAUCCACAAAGGGGUUGGACUCGACAGAAAGUGUUUCAUCUAAUGAUUGGUUUUUCCAACACUGGUUAUGGUGUUUAUUUUAUAUUAACUCUUGUUGCUGCUUGUAAGAAGUGGAUCUGUUGGUCAAAUUCAUGUGGUUUUGUUGUUAUGGCAUUGCCCAAGAUUCUAUUUCUUGCAGCUUUUCUUCUUCUUCUAUCUUUCUGGGUUGACCUUUGUCAUCAAGCAAAUGAUGAAGAUGAAGAUGAAUCAGAAGGUAGUUUUCAUGAAGCUUUGGUAGAGAAAGUAAAUAAGCCGAAUUUGAAGGUUAUUAAUUACACUCGCAGAAGAUGUUGCAAUAUUAGAGUCUUCCCUGUUGGCAUCCGUCAACAAAUUGUCAUAUUGGUGACUUUGUUGAUACUUGUGUUAAUGCUGACAUCAGCUGUGCUUAUUUGGAUUGGCCUUGGAAAGAAUCCUAUUGAUUCCUCAGUUGUGGCAAGGGUGUAUGUAGAUACUUUUGCUGUUGUAAUGCUUGUCCUAGGUGGCGCAUUAGCAUACUAUGGAUAUGUGCUGGUAUCAAAAAUGAGUAAAGUGAGAUCUGAGAGGGCUUCUUCCGAAAUAUGGAAGGUUGCUGGACUUGCGAUAGUUUCUGCUGUUUGUUUCACCUCAAGUUCAGUUGUUGCUAUAUUUACAAAUAUACCCGUUCUCUAUCAUUGUGAUUGGGGGGGAAUCGGAGGCCUGUAUGCUUCUCUUUUACUCAUUGUCUACUACUUCAUAGGUUCAUCCGUACCUUCAGGUUUUGUGUUGUGGGUAAUGAGAGAAUUGCCACCUUUGGUUGUGGUUAAUUAUUACAACUGCACAAAAUCAGGGAUCAAGGGCAAGUCCGAUAUGACUCAAGUUGACCAAACGAUAUUUAACAACUUCUUACUUGCUCGAGUCGAGUCAACAAAGGUGAAAACAAAAGUGGAGGGAUUUUGAUAGUUUAGGUUUUUUGUAUAUAUAAAUACAAUCUCUUUUUUUUUUCUUUGAUAUGUAUUUUUUUUCUGUUACAACAUUGUACAUUUUUAU